AUGUUUCCAGAGCUAGAAGAAUUGAGUCCGGAGUGUGACAUCGACAAAGCUGACGUUGGCGUUCCAGGCGUCACGACCCCAGAGAUGAAGGAAAAGAUGCGAAAGAUCUUGAAUUAUCAUCGUCGUAUCAUUUUAGGCAAUGGCAAUGCCGCACCGGCCCCAGCUCGUGGAGUCGUUUGUGACUUAGAUGUAGGUGAUGCGAUGCCGAUAGCACUGCGUGCUCGACAGAUCGCCUCCAGAUAUCUGGUGAAAGUUUACGAACUCCUGAUUAAGCUCCUAGAGACUGGACCCAUUGAACAUUUUGAAUCGGAGUGGUCAUCCCCGAUCGUGAUCGUUUUGAAGAAGAAUGGAGAAGAUAUCAGACUGUGUGUUGAUUAUAGGCUGGUUAACCAGUUGAUCAAGCUACCGCGAUACCCCUACCUCUGA